CAUUGCGUAAGUGACGUCGUCAACACUGCAGUCUCUCACUAACAGCUACAGUAGCAGAACCACAGCACGCCCAUCAAAAUCUCUGAACUUCCAGUUCCAACCAGCUAACAUAGAAGAAAAGGAAAGGACCAUAAUGGAGGCAGCAUCUUCCCAGCUGGACCCAGAUCUAAUAAGGGAGGUUCUUGAAUGCCCUAUCUGCCUGGAGACCUACAACCAGGAUCAAAUGAGACCCAAACUCCUGCAGUGUGGUCACACAGUGUGCCGGCAGUGUCUUGAGAAGCUAUUGGCUAAUACUAUAAAUGGUGUGCGCUGCCCCUUCUGUAGCAAGGUGUCCCGUAUGAGCAGUAUCUCCCAAUUGGCCGAUAAUCUGACUGUGCUCAAGAUCCUAGAUUGUACUACAUCCUGCAGUGCUGCUACUGCUGCCCUAAUGUGCAAGUCCUGCUGCAACCGCCUACCACGACAGUACUGCCAUGAUUGUGCUACAGUCCUCUGUGAGCUCUGUAAAGGGGAGGGCCACCUGCAUCAAGGCCAUGCAGUCCAGCCGAUUAGGGUGGCUGCUGAACAGCGUCGUAAAGAACUAGGUGGCAAGCUGACUUCUCUGCGCGAUGUUAUGGGCGAUAUUCAGAAGAAAAAGACAGCUAUUGAAAACAUCUCUAAGUCCUUGAGACUAAAGUACCAGGCAGUGCAGCAGGACUAUACUUCAGCUGAGCUACGUCUUCAAGAGGAACUCAGCAGGUCUCGAAGGACAUUCACAGCCUCCAUGGCAGAAGUGGAAAAGCUUAAUGGGCAAGUCCUGGAGGAGCAGACGUAUCUCCUCAACAUUGCAGAGGUAAAAGUGGUGUCACGCUGUGAUUAUCUGAGAAUGCUGGUGAGGCAGAGCGAUAUUGCUUUGCUAAAGGAUGAUGGCGAAGGUAAUGAUGAUGAAGAGCUGGAUUUGAGGAGCAGCUUGCCCAUCAUGUUUCAGCUGCAAGAGCCAGAGCUGGUCAGAACAGAGCACUCUAAGCCUGUAGAAGUGGGCCAAGUGACCACAAAUACUUAUACUGUCAAUACAGAGGAUGAGGAGAGGGGUUUGGAGAUAGCACUUGAGGGUUAUGUAGAGAGUGAAGCUGGGGCAAUAGGGGCUACAGGUGGUGGAAGGGGGGCUCCAAUGGAUCAUUACCGAGACAUUGACAUGGUUGCAGCUGUAGAGGAUGCGGCAUGUGGUUCACCAGGCAGCUUUAAGUCAAAGUCUAUGGAUGCAGGUGGGGGAUCACCUGGAGGAGCUGGGGCAAGUGCAGGGCCGGCAGUCUGCCAGUUUGUGAAGAAGAUGGGCUCCAAGGGAACGCUACCUGGCAUGUUCAAUUUACCAGUCAGCAUCUGUGUAGCACAACAAGGUGAGGUCAUGGUGGCUGACCGUGGCAACUACCGCAUCCAGAUCUUUAAUCGCAAAGGUUUCCAGCGUGAAAUCCGCCGCAAUGCCAGUAGCAUCGACAACUUUGUCCUGAGCUUCCUUGGGGCUGAUCUGCCUAACCUCAUCCCCUUAUCCAUUGCUAUCACUCCUCAAGGCCUGAUUGGGGUCACUGACAACUAUGAUAACUCGGUUAAAGUCUACACUAUGGAUGGACACUGUGUGGCUUGCCAUAAGAACCAGCUGAUUAAACCCUGGGGCAUUACUGCCAUGCCAUCAGGUCAGUUUGUGGUGUCAGAUGUGGAAGGUGGCAAGCUGUGGUGUAUCGCAGUGGACCGCAAUCUAGGUGUGGUCAGCUACAAUCGAUUGUGCUCUGCUGUGCGGCCAAAGUUUGUGACAUGUGAUGCGGCUGGAACAGUCUAUUUCACCCAGGGCCUAGCCCUGAACUUUGAAAAACGUCACAAUGAGCCCCACCUGGAAGGUGGCUUCUCUAUUGGCUCAGUGGAUGCAGACGGCCAGUUAGGCAAGCAGCUCAGCCAUUUCUUCUCAGAGACGGAGGACUUCCGUUGUAUCACUGGCAUGUGUGUGGAUGUCAAUGGGGAUUUGCUGGUAACAGACAGUGGCAGGAAAGAAAUCCUCCAGUUUCCCAAAGAGGGUGGAUUCAAAAUUCUUAUCCAUGAAGGGCUGACCUGCCCUGUAGGAGUGGCCACCACCCAGAAAGGACAACUGCUUGUGCUGGAUUGUUGGGACCACUGUGUCAAAGUCUACACAUACAUUCAGAGGAGACACUCCUCCACUUCAUAGAGGACCAAUCCAGUCUUUCUGCACAUGAGAGGUUUAGUAGGUAUGUGUUGGUAGGUGUGUAUGGAAAUUUGGAAAAGGUUAUCCAUCACAAGUCUCACUCCAGCAUUCAUUGAGUUAAUACAUUAAUGUUCUAGUCAAUUUGGUUUAGUUUAAAACCCACUGCAUUUUAAUUGAAUACCUCAAAUUAAAAAUAUGCUACUUAA